UUUGAAGUAAAGAUCAUAUGGAAAUUUUGGAAAUUUUCCACCUGAAAGACCAUACCAUACUUUAUUUCUUAAGCACAGUUAUAAUAUACUCUUUGUAACUUUUGUAAGACGUCACCUUCACCUAAAGUGGACACUAGAGAAGAGUCAACCUCUAACCACCGAGCUGAGCUGGUGUCUCGGCAUCCUUGUUAUAAAGAUUUAAAUUAUAAUUAUUAGUUGACUAGUGAGAAUUUAGGAAAAUUUAAUAAAUAUUAAUAUUAUCUCUCAUUAUCUACGUUUAAAGUUUUGACAAUGGAUGUGAAAUCCUAUUUGUUUUCGUGGGCAUCAAAGAAAAGCUUAACACCGUCCUUUGAUAUUCGCGCUACUGGUCCUAAACAUCGUCAAAGAUUUUUAUGUGAAGUACGCGUUGAGGGCUAUACUUAUGUUGGAGCUGGUAAUUCUGUGACAAAAAAGGAAGCCCAGAAGAAUGCUUCACGAGAUUUCCUCAACUUCUUAGUAAGAACUGGGGAAGUAGCUGCUAAUGACGUUCCUGCAGAUGUCCAAGUAAAGUUUGAUAAGGAGGAACAAACAAAUCAAGGAAAUAUUAUUACUGAACAACAGAAUAAACCUGUUUUCCAGGAUGGCAAGGGUCCUGAAAGCAUGGGUCAAGCAUACCAAGCUUAUGGUGGUGAAAGAGAAAACUUCACUUAUAUAGAUCGUCUGCAACAGCAGAAGAAUGUUGAAGAAGCGGAAGAUCUAGAUGUCAAUGCCAGUCUUCAUGGUAACUGGACAAUGGAAAAUGCAAAAUCAAAACUCCAUCAAUUUAUGCAAAUAAACAAAAUCAAUGCAGAUUAUGUAUAUAAAGCAGUGGGUCCUGAUCAUACAAGGAGUUUUUGCUGUGAGAUGUCUAUAUACGUUCAUCAAUUAGGACGUAAUGUGACCGGACGUGAAACUGCUUCGAAUAAACAAACCGCCAGCAAGUCCUGUGCUUUGUCAUUAGUACGUCAGCUGUACCAUCUCGGUGUGAUUGAAGCAUUCAGCGGAACAUUGAAGAAGGACCGAUCGGCUGAAGGUAUCAUGAAGCCAUAUAAAGUGGCUAUUAGCCCAGAACUGGAGAAAAAAUUAGAAGAUGCAUUGCAAGCAUUAAACAUAGAACCAGUGGAUGUAACCACUCCGCAGCCAGAACAAGCCGAGGGUCAGGGCGUUACGUUGCUACAAGUUGACAGAGUGAAAGCUAUGAGGGAGGCGCGACCAACGCCCUCUGGAGUAGUGUCCUGGUCGCCGCCACAAGCCAAUUGGAACGCUUGGACUUGUUGCAAUAUCGAUGAAGGACCUUUGGCGACUACGAGUUUGGAUGACAUCAGCAUUGACUUGGAGAAACAUCAUCGUAACGUCUGUCAGAAUAGUGAGCUUUAUCAGGAGAGUGUGCGUGAAAGAGAACAGUUACCGGUUUAUGCGAUGCGUUCGCAAAUCAUGGAAGCGAUAAAUGAGAAUCCUGUCAUCAUCAUACGCGGUAACACCGGAUGCGGCAAAACCACUCAGGUGUGUCAGUUCAUUCUGGACGACUACGUGGCGAGCGGUCAGGGCGCGUGGGCCAACGUGUGCGUGACGCAGCCGCGACGCAUCUCCGCCGUCAGCGUGGCCGAGCGGGUCGCGGCCGAGCGCUGCGAGGAGCUCGGCAACAGUGUGGGAUAUUCCGUGCGUUUCGAAUCGGUGCUACCUCGUCCAUACGGCUCCAUUAUGUUCUGCACUAUCGGUGUUCUGUUAAGAAAACUGGAAGGUGGCCUGAGAGGUGUCAGCCACGUUUUAGUUGAUGAGGUCCACGAGCGGGACGCCGACACGGACUUCGCACUCAUUUUGUUACGGGACAUGGCGCACACGUACCCAGACUUACGUAUAAUUCUCAUGUCAGCUACCGUCGACACUACACUUUUCGUCAACUAUUUCGGAAAUUGUCCCGUUAUUGAGGUCCCGGGUCGUACGUAUCCAGUCAAACAAUAUUUCCUCGAAGAUUGCGUGGAGCUAACUAAAUUCAUGCCGGCACCAGAUACGAGGAAGAGGAAAUCAUCAGGGAAGAAGGCAUCUAGAGAUGACGAAGAUGAUGAUGAGGAUGGUGAAGGUAUUGAGGAAGAGGAAGAUUUGAACAAAAACUGCAAAAUCGAUAGCAACUAUUCAACUCAGACUGUCGAAGCUAUGACGAAAUUAUCUGAAAAAGAUCUAAGUUUCGAACUGAUUGAAGCUCUCCUGCUUUACAUAAGCAAUUUGGGUGAGGAGGGGGCAAUUUUAGUGUUCCUCCCGGGCUGGAAUCUAAUAUUCGCACUCAUGAAGCACUUGUCUCAGAACAAAAUAUUCGGAAAUACCGAUAGGUAUGUGAUACUGCCCUUGCACAGUCAAAUACCAAGAGACGAUCAGAAGAAAGUGUUUAUAACUCCACCACCGGGACUUACUAAGGUAAUUCUGGCGACAAACAUAGCGGAAACUUCAAUAACGAUCAACGAUGUGGUCUACGUGAUAGACUCCUGUAAGGCCAAGAUGAAACUUUUUACAUCACACAACAAUAUGACGUCAUACGCCACUGUCUGGGCCAGCCGGACUAACCUUGAACAGCGUAAAGGCAGAGCUGGUCGAGUUAGUCCCGGAGUAUGUUUCACUUUAUGCUCUAAAGCACGUUUCGAUCGUCUUGAUGAGCACCAAACAGCUGAAAUGUUCAGGACACCAUUGCAUGAACUCGCUCUAAGCAUCAAGUUGUUACGUCUCGGGAAUAUUGGUCACUUUCUAUCCAAGGCCCCUGAACCUCCACCACUGGAUGCUGUCAUUGAAGCCGAGGCAUUACUCCGUGACUUGGGCUGCUUGGAUAACAACGACGCACUUACUCCAUUGGGAACUAUUCUCGCUAAACUACCAAUAGAACCUCGCCUCGGCAAAAUGAUGGUACUGGGUUUUAUCCUGGGAGUAGGUGACGCCCUCACUACCAUGGCGGCUAACUCUACCACAUUUCCUGAGAUCUUCAUUGUGGAAGGCAGGAGAAGGCUCAGUGGUCACCAGCGUGCACUCGCUGGUGAAAGGGCAUCGGACCAUGUCGCUAUGCUUAACGCUUUCCAGAUGUGGGAGAGGGAACGUGCGAAGGGCGAAGACGCUGAAGUGCAAUGGUGUGAUUGGAAAGGUGUUCAACAUACAACCCUUCGUGUCACUUGCGAAGCUAAAUAUCAGCUGAUAAAUAUAUUGACAACGGCAGUAGGAUUUUCAGAGGAAUGUUGUAUACCUCAGAGAUGGAAUCCAAAUGUACAAGACCCAGUAUUGGACUCGGUUAUCGCCUUACUUUGUAUGGGCUUGUAUCCUAAUGUAUGCUUGCAUCAAGGGAAGAGAAAGGUACUUACAACUGAAGGCAAACCGGCGUUGAUUCAUAAAACAUCAGUAAACUGUAGCAAUCAACAGCAGAAAUUUCAAUCACCACUGUUUGUGUUUGGUGAAAAAGUAAGGACCAGGGCGAUCAGCUGUAAACAGACUACCAUGGUAGCACCACUUCAUAUCUUGCUGUUUGGUAGCAGGAAGGUUGAAUGGAUCGAUAACAUGGUUCGAGUGGACAAUUGGCUCAAUUUUGACAUGUCAGCACGAUCAGCCGCGUUGGUGACAGCCCUACGGCCGGCUAUAGAGAAGUUGGUAGAACGAGCGGCGGCCGAACCGGAUUCUGCCUUAAACUUCUCACCGCCGGAAAAUAAAGUUGUAAAUUGCUUAAAAGCACUUUGCGUUAUGGACGCCGGUGAUUAUAAUAUACAGCGAGACGCACCGAUAUUGUCAUUUAGACCCGAAGGAUUUAAAAGAGGAGGGGCACGAGGCUGGGGCACAAACGGUCCAAGAAACCAGGGAGGAUAUGCCAAUCAAGGUGGCUUCGGAAGUAACGGCGGGUUUGCAAGAGGCACCGGAAAUAAUGGAUUUGGAACUAGAGGCGGCUUUGGAAGUCGAGGUGGGUUCGGUAAUAAAGGCGGCUUUGGAAGUAGAGGAGGUUUUGAAGGUAGAGGCGGCUUUGGAGGUAGAGGCGGCUUCGGAGGUAGAAGUGAUUAUGGUAAUAGUAAUGACGGUUAUAACAAUGGGAACAGAAGAGGGUUCGGAUAUCGAGGUGGUUUUGGAAAUAGAGGUGGUAACCGCGGAUGGUAGUCAUUCCAAAGUUUUAGUCUUAACAUAUGAAAAGUGUUAUAACUAUGAAUAAGAAAUAAAAAUGUUACUUUUU